AUGGCUGCUGUGCUUUUUGGCUUUGAGGAUCUGCUCUACAGCUGGGACAGCCUGGUGUGGAGCCUGACAUCCCGGGCUCUGAGGACUUGCCGCUUUGGAAACCUGAGGGUCCUGCAGCUCAUGCUGAAGCCAUGGUGCAUUUCCAGAGCCGUUUACCAGAUGACGGAGGGCCGCAGAUGCCAAGUGCACCUCCUCGACGACAGGAAGCUGGAGCUCCUCGUUCAGCCAAAGCUUUUGGCCAAGGAGUUGCUUGACUUGGUGGCAUCUCAUUUCAACCUGAAGGAGAAGGAGUACUUCGGAAUUGCAUUCACAGAUGAAACGGGACACCUGAACUGGCUUCAGCUGGACCGGCGGGUGCUGGAACAUGACUUCCCCAAAAAGUCAGGACCGGUUGUUUUGUACUUUUGUGUCAGGUUCUACAUUGAAAGCAUCUCCUAUCUGAAGGACAAUGCCACCAUUGAGCUGUUUUUCUUGAACGCCAAGUCCUGCAUCUACAAGGAACUCAUUGAGGUUGACAGUGAAGUGGUGUUUGAACUGGCUGCAUACAUCUUGCAGGAGGCAAAGGGAGAUUUUUCAAGCAAUGAAGUUGUAAGGAAUGAAUUAAAGAAGCUGCCAGCCCUUCCAACACCGGCGCUGAAGGAGCAUCCUUCCCUCGCUUACUGUGAGGAUCGAGUAAUAGAACAUUACAAGAAACUAAAUGGGCAGACAAGAGGUCAAGCAAUUGUGAAUUACAUGAGCAUUGUAGAAUCCCUCCCAACAUAUGGAGUGCAUUAUUAUGCAGUAAAGGACAAGCAGGGAAUUCCUUGGUGGUUAGGGCUUAGCUACAAGGGGAUUUUUCAGUAUGACUACCAUGACAAAGUGAAACCAAGAAAGGUAAGAUUUUGGGAGGUGUUAUAAAACCUCUUGUUCAAGGAGGGUAAGUUCUCGGUGGAGGUGCACGACCCGCGCAGGGCAUCUGUGACCAGGAGGACUUUUGGGCAUAGUGGCAUCGCUGUGCAUACAUGGUACGCCUGUCCAGCACUAAUAAAGUCUAUCUGGGCUAUGGCCAUUAGUCAACAUCAGUUCUACCUGGACAGAAAGCAAAGCAAGUCCAAGAUUCAUGCUGCAAGAAGCCUGAGUGAGAUUGCGAUUGACCUGACUGAAACUGGAACACUCAAGACCUCAAAGCUGGCCAACAUGGGGAGUAAAGGCAAAAUUAUCAGCGGCAGCAGCGGGAGUCUUCUGUCAUCAGGUUCCCAAGAGUCAGAUAGUUCUCAGUCUGCCAAGAAAGACAUGCUGGCUGCACUGAAAUCCAGGCAAGAAGCUUUGGAAGAGACACUGCGCCAACGCUUGGAAGAGCUAAAGAAACUGUGUCUCCGAGAAGCGGAGCUCACAGGAAAGCUGCCACGAGAAUACCCCCUAGAUCCUGGGGAGGAGCCGCCUAUUGUAAGGAGAAGAAUAGGAACUGCCUUUAAACUGGAUGAGCAGAAAAUCCUGCCCAAGGGAGAGGAGGCAGAGCUGGAGCGCCUGGAGAGGGAGUUUGCCAUUCAGUCCCAGAUCACAGAGGCUGCCCGGCGCCUGGCAAGUGACCCGAACGUCAGCAAAAAGCUGAAGAAACAGAGGAAGACAUCCUACCUGAACGCACUGAAGAAACUGCAGGAGAUCGAAAACGCCAUCAAUGAGUAUCGCAUCAAAUCUGGAAAGAAGCCAACCCAGAGAGCCUCCCUGAUCAUAGAUGAAGGAAACAUUGCCAGUGAAGACAGUUCCCUCUCGGAUGCCCUUGUUCUCGAGGAUGAGGAUUCUCAGGUCACCAGCACAAUAUCCCCUCUCCAGUCCCCACACAAAGGACUCCCUCCCCGGCCACCCUUGCACAACAGGCCUCCUCCUCCACAGUCGCUGGAAGGCCUCCGCCAAAUGCAUUACCACCGCAAUGACUAUGACAAGUCCCCCAUCAAACCCAAGAUGUGGAGCGAGUCAUCCUUGGAUGAACCCUAUGAGAAGGUCAAGAAACGCUCCUCACACAGUCAUUCCAGCAGUCACAAGCGGUUCCCCAGCACCGGGAGCUGUGCUGAGGCAGGAGGGAGCAGCUCACUGCAAAACAGCCCCAUCCGGAGCCUUCCCCACUGGAACUCCCAGUCCAGCAUGCCAUCAACACCAGAUCUACGGGUACGCAGUCCACACUACGUCCACUCCACGCGGUCAGUAGACAUCAGCCCAACCAGACUGCACAGCUUAGCUCAGCACUUUAGACACCGGAGCUCCAGUUUGGAGUCGCAAGGCAAGCUCCUUGGCUCAGAAAAUGAGACAGGGAGCCCUGAUUUCUACACCCCAAGGACUCGUAGUAGUAACGGCUCUGACCCCAUGGACGACUGCUCUUCCUGCACCAGCCAUUCCAGCUCUGAGCACUACUACCCUGCUCAGAUGAACCCCAACUACUCCACCCUGGCAGAGGACUCCCCAUCAAAAGCCAGAGAGCGGCAGAGGCAAAGGCACAAAUCGGCGGGCAACCUGGUCUCUUCCAAUUCAGGGAGCAUGCCCAACCUGGCUGCAAGGAACGGGACAGGACACCACCGCGUCUACCUGCACAGCCAGAGCCAACCCUCCUCCCAGUACAGGAUCAAAGAGUAUCCUCUGUACAUUGAGGGCAGCUCCACACCCGUGGUGGUGCGGAGCCUGGAGAACGACCAGGAGGGACACUACAGCGUGAAAGCACAAUUCAAAACCUCCAACUCGUACACAGCGGGGGGGAUGUUUAAGGAGAACUGGCAUGGGGAUGAAGUGGACUCCGUCAGGCUCACCCCCUCCCGCUCCCAAAUCAUAAGGACUCCAUCUCUGGGCAGGGAGGGCCAUGAGAAAGGCUCGGGUAGGACUGCCGUGUCGGACGAGCUGCGGCUCUGGUACCAGCGGUCCACAGCCUCCCACAAGGAGCACAGCCGCCUCUCGCACACAAGCUCCACUUCCUCGGACAGCAGCUCCCAGUACAGCACAUCUUCGCAAAGCACCUUUGUGGCGCACAGCCGGGUCACGAGAAUGCCUCAGAUGUGUAAAGCAACAUCAGCUGCCUUACCUCACAGCCAGAGGAGUUCAACACCGUCGAGUGAACUAGCAGCCACGCCGCCGGGCAGUCCCCACCACAUUCUCACAUGGCAGACUGGAGAAGCAACAGACAACUCACCCACUAUGGAUGAGUCUCAGUCUCCAACCCACCAAAGUACUGAUGAAUAGAGGAGCUACAACGAUAGCUGUUUCCUGGAUUCUCCCCUCUAUCCAGAAUUAGCAGAUGUCCAGUGGUAUGGGCAGGAAAAAGCCAAGCCUGGGACUCUAGUGUGAACCCCUGACCUCAAGUUAAUCACAUCAAUGCCAUUCUGAGAUCACCUCACUGCCUCUCAUUUGCCUUACCCAGAUGCACUGUCACCCAGCACCAGCUUCAACUCUAAGCACUUUUCUCACGAUGCAAUUCAAGGCGACAUUAACAGAACACUGGCCCUGAGACAUCCACCACCACAGCGACGGACCGCAGCGCAUCCCAUUGCCAGACUGGUGCAUAUCCUUCCCACAGCCUGCAGGGCAGCGGGUGCAGAUGAGCAGCCAUCAUAAUAGUCAGUUGGCAAUUUAAAAAUUUAUUUUCCUUUGAAACAAUGGAAGCCUUUCAAGGCUUACAUCAAAUCUUACCAUUCUGCGGCAUGUAACAGCAGCAAGCUUUCCAUGACCUGCGAUCUGAAGCCAACAGAGCAUUAGUUU